AAUGUGAGGUUGAGUGCGUCACACAGGCUCGGUAGCGUUUUCCUAUCAAAACAACAGUACAAUUAAACCCAUCUCUCCUUUGCCCUAGUCCUGCAUUAAAGGCCGGGUACAAGAUUCAGACAGCGAGGACAUAACGGACAUUAGAAUAGAUCAUCUUCUGUUAGAGUGAUGGGAUCCGAUCCUGGACCAUCUAUUAUUUAAAUGGCCUGCACCAGGGUCACUGCAUUUUUCACCUUACAGCCAGGACAUGAGUCGUAGUAAUUUGUAUAUCUUUGUAUAGCUGUAUGUGAAUCAAAACCAAAGUAUUCUUUCGAUUCAUGCAUUUCGGAUGUUAAAUGAAAUGCAACGUUGGGGUGUUAACGCGUGUUAACACUUAGUUAUUCUUAUUAGUUAAAGGUCCGUGUGAAACGACCGGUGAAGUUUCAUGCAUUUCAUGGAUAUCGAUGCUUGCAUAUCACCCUGGUCAAUGGAAACUUCGGGGUUUCGCUUUCAGAUUAAUGUGUGACAAAGUCAAGACUAUCAGGUAUUUUCCAUACUUCCUGUUUUGAAGGAGAGAAAGAAAACGAAGAUACGUUUUGUGGAGGCUGGUCCGAUUCAGACUAGAGCUUGCAUGUAGAUUCGGAUACUUAUAAAGAGCCCAAAAGAGAUCGAGCAGCCUACUUCUUGAUCUGCGUUAACUCCAGCUUGUUAGGCCUAUCUGACAUACGGCUGCAUCACAUGGAGCCUGGGGGACUGACUGCGUGCAGUCCGGACGGGCACGAUGCGCUGGGGGAUCCUUCCGAUCAGUUCGACUGUCCCAUAUGCCAGGACGUUUUGAAAAACCCCAUAAGGACCAGGGCUUGUCAACAUGUGUUCUGUAAGAGCUGCUUCGUUGCCGCAGUGAGAGUCCGGGGACCGACCUGCCCCAUGUGCCGCGGGCCGGUAAGCGAGGAUGAGAAACGAGCGAGCUACGUCCAGAAGAAGAUGAGGGAGACGCGGGGAAGCUGCCGAGCCUGCGGGGCGCUGCACUUUCUGAGUAGGAUGAGAACACACUACAAGUACUGCCAGAAGUAUAAGGAUGAAUAUGGUCCCCCUGUCCAGCCUUGCAUUAUCACAAGGAACCAAGCACAAGUCCCACCUGCUUACAGGGCUCCAGCUUUAGUUGCUACAGAUCAAACCCCAUCCAUCGGAGGGAGUCCACAAGCGGCGUACUCCUGCCCAUACUGCCCCCAGCAGGGCUUCCAUGAUAUGGCCCUGGUUCGGCACUGCCUGGAUACACAUGCUCUUGAGCACUCCCUUGUGGUGUGUCCAAUCUGUGCCUGCACAUCCUGGGGAGACAGGAGCUACUGCAGCCGCAACUUCAUUGGCCAUCUGAGGGCACGGCACAGGUUCAGCUACGAUAUUUACAUGAAUGUCCAUGAAGACGAGGAUGCCGAAGUUCGCCGUGCCACCCAGCUGUCUUUGCGUCAAGCAAUACCAGUUUAUCCAACUCUCUUUAAUCUUGAAGGACGGGCAGGGGUAGAAAGUCCCCCUCUCUGUGUCAGGUGUCUACACGCCCCAGUUGCAAGGUUUAUUUGUGUUAAGGCAUCUUUCACAUUCACAUCCCGGCAAAACAACUCUCUGGUAAGGACGAUGGACCACGCAGCCGGUGAUGACAAGAGCCCUGAGGACGGGAAUUGUCCAAUAUGCCAGGAAAAAUAUAAGAACCCUAAGUCCUUUCAGUCUUGCGGACACACAUUGUGUGAUCAUUGCCUGCAAAAAGCACCGGACAAGCGCAGCAACUGCGACCUCUAUAGGGGAGACGCCUGCGGCGACAUCAGACCUGCUGUGUACCGUACUACCGCAAAGGCUCAGGACAGAAAGACAUCGAGAUUGGUUCAAAGACACCUCUCACGGCUACAGUUAGACAGCAGUCAGAGCACGGUGGCCCAGGGACAUUGGGAUGUUGGGCCUGAUGAUGGAAGCCGACCUACAUCAAACCCACCCAACACGCCCAACCCUGUUCCUUCUGGGCCAGCUGCUGGACAGUCCUCCCCCCAGGAGCAAGACAACCUACAGAACCAGGCUCAGGCACCAGCUGCAGAUGGCAAUAAGCGAACGCUCCUUACCCUUCUGGUGUGGUGCCACCUCUCCAGUCCCCUAACAUCCUGCGGGAUGGUGUUCAGCUGUCCGUACUGUCAGGAUGGUGGUCUUGAUGAACUGGACUUACUGGACCACUGUAACACAAACCACAGGCAUGAACGGAGACCUAUGGUGUGUCCCAUAUGUGUGGCUCUACCACACGGAGAUCCCUCUUACUAUAGCAGAGAUUUGAUUGGCCAUCUCAACUUCAGACACUGCUUCUACAUCUCCGACUACAUGAAUGUCGAUCAAACGGAUGAAAUGAACCGUCAGGCCGGACUCCUGGAAUCAUACAAGCAGUGGAGAAAAAGUCAGCAAUGAACAUCCAUGAGCAAGUUUUUGUUAAACAGCCUGGAGUGUUCAUUCUUAACAAAGGGUUCCAUGGAAUGAUAACAGAAUGGAAAUCACAGAGAAGUUCAUUGCCCACUUGAUAUAUACAUCAUUGUAACACACAAUAUACAUGAAUACAGAGCUCCAUUGGGACGAUGAACACAGCAGGUUUUAAGAAGCACAAACAUUAAUGACUUAAUUAUUCUGUUUAAACUAUUACUAGAUUAUUACUCAUCAGAUAAGCUGUUUUUUCUUCACGAAAGCUCUUGCUCUAUCUGAUUUUCAUUAAUGAGAUGUUUAAGGAGAGUGAGAAACAAAGGUUGUUUCCUUAAAAUGGUGGCAUUUGAGUGCAUAAAAUUAUUAAAUUCUAAAUUAUUUGUCGGUACCUUUUCAUCUUUCUUGCCUUGUUGUCCAAACAAAAAAAAUGAAAGGAAAAGCCAGGAUCUCAUUAGACAUGAAAGGAUUUUACAGUGAUAAUUUUUAAUUCAGUGUAAUUGCGCUAAUCACACACUGGGCUGAAGCUCCAUUGACACCUCGCAAGUGCUUGUGCCAAUUAUAUUAAUAUUCAUGUGACCUUACAUGUACAGAAGAGUGAGUCUCACACAGAACAGGAAUCUGAUCUGAACCUAAGAGGUGUGAUGCAACACCACUAACUAACAAUGCAAAUGUUAAAUUAAGGUUCUGUAUUUAUUUUUCUUAUUUGGCUUAAUGCAGGGGGGGGGACAUUCCCUACUAGAUGUUUAUAUAAUCCAAGCUUACCCCUUUAUUAUCUUUUAAAUGUGAUUUUAAUGUAUUUUAUUUUAAUGUAUCCCAUUGCCUUUGUAAAGCACUUUGAAUUGCCUUGCGUCUGAAUGGGGUUGUAUAAAUAAAGUUUCCUUGCCUUACCCUA